UGGGAUUUGCGCAGCCGCGUUUGAAUACCGGCUCGAGCCAGUAAAGACCUGCCAAAACAGACAGGAACUGAUUCACUGCAGACAAAAAGAUGCGGCUGCUGCAGUCGUGAUAGAUGAAGCAAUUUCGGCUUUUACUAUUUCACUAUUUUAUUUAGCCUAGCAGGAGGAGGAGGCUAGCUAGCUUACAUAUUAGGCUACCAUUUUUUUUUAAAGAAAGAAUUGUCUACGUAAAGUAUUGCUUGGCAAUAUAACGUAACAUCAUAGAGAGACAAUGACAUGACGAGGAGAAAAAAAAAAAAAACUGGCUUUGUUACACGAGAAGGCUGCUCUCCCAACCUCUCUAGUCAACUGCCGGUGGCCUGCUGUAGCCAUGACGAUGCCCCAUUCCCAGCAUUGUUUGGGUCCAAAAGUUUACCCAGAGGUGCCCGAUGGAGGCUGGGGCUGGGCUGUGGCCAUGGCCUUCUUCUUCGUGGAGGUCUGCACCUAUGGGACCCUCAAGAGCCUGGGGGUCUUCCUCCAGGAUCUGAUGGAAGAGUUUGGGGAGAGCAACAGCCGAGUGUCCUGGGUUAUUUCCAUCUGUGUCUUCAUCUUUACCUUCACUGCCCCCCUGUCCACGAUGCUGAGCAACCGCUUCGGCUGCCGCUGCGUGGUGAUGAUGGGGGGCUUCCUCAUCAGCCUGGGAACCAUCAGCUCCGCCUUCACCAACUCCAUCAACGAGAUGUACGUCACCAUCGGUGUUGUCUCAGGCCUCGGCUACUGCUUCAGCUUCCUUCCCACAGUCACCAUCCUCGCCCAGUACUUCUCCAGACGCCGGGCCCUCGUUACCUCUGUCGCUUCCUCCGGGGAAUCCUUCGCCGUAUUCGCAUUUGCUCCAGCUUUCACUAUACUGAAGGAACACAUUGGCUGGCGCUACUGUCUGGUCAUCCUCGGCACCAUACAGGCUUCUGUGAUUGGCUUUGGGCUUCUCCUCCGUCCAAUCAUUAUCGAGCCAGAGCCUGCGAAGGAGGACAGUGAAUCAGACAAUGGGUCUCUCUCUCUGAAGCAGCUGCAGACUGCUUACGAGCUGGAGAACGAGCAAACCAGGACCUCCAUCAGCUCAGGGGUCUCCCAGGGUUCAGGGGACUCGGGUGUCAACUCCCUCUCUACUUCAGACGGAGACCUGAGGACUGCAGGUGAUGAAAGCAAGGCUCUGAAGGAGUGGGAGGUGCAGGACCAAGAGGGCAGGGAGCCAUCUCUGUCCACACCUCCCACCCCAGGCAAGGAGAUGGAUGAGGCAGGUCCUCUCCAUCCUUCCAGGCCCAAACUUCUGGACUUCUCUGUGCUUAAAGACAGGGCCUUUAUCUGUUACUCCCUGUUCGGCUUGUUUGCCACACUGGGCUUCUUCGCCCCGCAGCUCUACAUCAUCGAGCUGAGCAAGAGCCGGGGCGUGGAGCCCAGCAUGGCCUCCUACAUGCUCUCUGUGAUGGCCGUGGCCGAGAUCUUCGGCCGCCUGUCCAUCGGGCUGGUGUUGAACAGAGUCCGGUGCAGGAAGAUCUCGGUGCUGCUGGGCUGUGUGGUUCUGCUGUGCCUGGUGCUGGUGGCCUUCACGAUAGUGUGGGAGUUCUGGGGCCUGGUGGUCUGCUGCGCCCUCUAUGGCUACUUCAUGGGCACCGUAGGCUCCACUCACAUCCCCAUGCUGGCGGAGGAGGACGUGGUGGGCAUCGAGAAGAUGGCUUCAUCUGUGGGAGUGUACGUCUUCAUCCAGAGCUUUGCUGGGCUGGCAGGGCCACCCCUUGGAGGUGUGUUGGUGGAUGUCACCAAGAACUACGGCGCUGCCUUCUACUCCUGUGCGGCGGGCAUGGGCCUCAGCGCCAUUUGCCUGGCUCUGGUCGGCCCCGCCAAGUCUGGCAUGUGCCAAAGACGGAGCAGAAACCAAGAGAAAGGCAGGAGCAUAGAAGAAGAAGAAGAAGAAGAGGAGAAAAUGUCUCAGGACAGCGGCCAGGCUGACUAUCUGGAGGUGGACUUGGCCCUGGAGUACAGUCCGGUCAGACAGGCUGCGGAUCAGGACAACGCCUCUGUAAUAGGAAACUGACUACAGCAUGUAGUACCGGUGUUUUCUCUGCAGAGCCAGCCCAAUUUUACUGGUGUGUCCUGCUGCUUUCACGUUCUGUAAUCCUCCCAGAAAGCUGCUCGAGAUCCUGAAAGCCUGUUCUUGACCAGGUACCAUCCCCUCCGACUAACACACACAGGGAAGCAAAAAAAAAAAAAACAUCUUCUCUGACAAGCUACCGGUUACCGGCUUUGUGUGUGUGUGUAAUUCUGUUUUCCUGCACUCUGGGCACAUGACACUGUGAGAGUGGGGGCUAUCCCCACAUAGUGGCCUCUCGAGCCAAACACUUGUAACACCAUUUUAAAACUUAGACUCUAGAAUAAUGUUACAUACCAGCAGCAACCACAGAUGUUUUAUGUCAUGCAUUAAUCCAGAAUUAUAUUCAUUUCUAAAUUCUCUGUACAACUUCAACCACACUUUUUUUCUGCUGCCUACAGGUGGGGCUUUGCUCCACUUGACCCAAAUGACCAGUCGCCUCAAAGUAUGUGUGUAUUUAAAAAAGGUGUGAAGGACCGAUUUAACAGGAGAGAAACUCCACAUGAAGCAGAGUCCCCCCCCCGCAGCCUUAGAUCGUCUCCACACCCAACACAACACAACUUGAAGUUUACUUCACAAACCUUUCCUUUAGCACUGUAUAACCUUUAUUUAAACUGAUAAAUGAAAAUAUGAUGCAACUUUUUAUAAUAUAACCUUUUCAGUUUUUUUAUUGAAUUGAUUACCAGGCGGGUUCCUGUCUGUUAAGUUCUGUAGUGCUUUCAUUAUGUAUUUUUUUUUAAAUAAAAUCUCCUCCAAACUCAA